UCAUUCUUCUUCCAUUCUUCCUUCUCUAGUAGCAUAGACAGCCAGAGGCGAGCAGCUUCAUUGUUCCUUCUCCUUCGUUCCUUUUUUAGCUUCAUCCCCGUCUUCAGCUUAGUCCCUCAUCUUCUUUAGCUUUGUCUCUCUCUAGAUUCAUCACAAACGAUCAAGAUACUUCUUCUACGUAAAGUUGGGGAGUUUGGGUGAUUUAGGGUUUAGGUAUAUAGGAGCGGGUGAGGUGUCAUCAUCUUUACCCAUGAGCCCCGGGCCAAACUUAAGACUGAAGAAGAAUGGAUACCCUCUCAAAUAUAUUCUCUGUAUUAGAGCUCGACGCUGAAGAUGAUCAACUUCAAUCCUCCUCUGCUUCUUCCUCUUCUAGCAAUUCAGGUCAAGCCAAAAAUAAAGCAAAAAGUUCUAGUGAUGCCAAGCUGGUAAAAAAUGAGAAAAAAAAUCCAGAAAAUUCUGAGAAUCGUUUAAAGUACAAAAUGCCCCUUGUGUGGAUUGACUUGGAAAUGACUGGUUUGAACGUUGAAGCUGAUCGAAUACUGGAGAUUGCUUGUAUAAUUACAGAUGGAAAUUUGACAAAAUCGGUGGAGGGCCCUGAUUUGGUUAUCCAUCAAAGUAAAGAGUGUUUGGAUAGCAUGGGGGAAUGGUGUCAGAAUCACCACAAAGCUAGUGGGUUGACAAACAAAGUGCUCCAAAGCACCCUGAGUGAAAGAGAAGCUGAAAAGCAGGUAAUAGAAUUUGUUACGAGAAAUGUUGGUACAUACACACCUCUUCUUGCAGGGAAUUCAGUUUAUGUGGACUUUCUAUUUUUAAAGAAAACAACACAACAUUUGGCUGUCGAAAGCGGUCAAACUUUUGGUCGCCCAAAGCUUGGACUGCUUCCCGUUGUGAAAAACCGUAUCUUUUCUGAUGGUGUGUAUAUGGUUGUGUGUAUUAGCCAACUAUUGAUCAUUUCAGUGUGGAUGGUAUCAACAAAUGUGUUUUGUCAAAGGUGGAUGAUAGUGAUCCGAAAUACAUGCCUGAUUUGGCUAAUCUCUUCUCUCAUGUACUCGUCGAUGUUAGCAGUGUCAAGGCUCUAUGUGUUCGCUGGUAUCCUAAAGAAAACAGGAAAGCUCCAUCAAAAGAGAAUAAACAUAGAGCUUUGGAUGAUAUAAGAGAAAGCAUCACAGAACUCAAAUACUACAAGGAGAACAUAUUUAGAUCAAAGUCAAAGAAGUAAUACCAAAAAAGUUGGAGCAUGGGAAUGGAUGUGUUGAGAGCUUUAAAAUUCAUAGUACCUGUGACUGUGAGUGCUUAAGCUUUCUGCCUCAGGGCAUGUACUUUUCAAUUACGAUGUUAUCAUAAAAUCUUAAUCAGUUUAUAUUGCAACUUGUAAGGUUUCUUACUUGCAAAGGUAUUUUCCUUAACUACUCUGUAAUUGUGCAGUAGUAAU